AUGCUUUUGAUUGUGACGUUGCUGUUGGCUGGCGUCGUAGCUUGCGACCUCGCGAUGGAGAUGAAUAUCUUGUCCAGCAGAUCAGGAAUCCUUUUGUUCAGCAACGUCAGCGACCCAGGCAACUACACCAGCGCCACCACGGGUGUCAAUGAUGUCUCGGAGUCGUCCUGCAGCCCAAACACAGUCAGCUUGAGCCAAAUCGAGUACCAUUCCAGCCAUCGCUACUAUACUCUCCUCAAAGAAGCAGACCUUCAGCCACCAGUCUUCAAGGACAGCCAUCGUGUACUCUGCAAUGACAGCGACGCGCAGGACGUUGGCUUCGCAUACUGUCUACCUAUCACUGGACGCAAAGACUCGCCGUUUUGUUCUGGAGCGGAUCGAAUGGACCUACUAGCGCAACAUUCAGCCAAGACUCGUUGUUACGCCAGUGUGCUACACAUGCUGCUAGUUGAAGUGUAUGAGGGGCUCUACGCGCUCGGUAAAGCGCCACUAAUCGUCUACGGGUCGCUACUCGGUGCUGUGCGUAACGGGUCCAUGAUUCCCUUUACUGAGGACAUAGAUAUCGCAUACAGCGGACAACUUGAUGACUUGGGUCGUGCUCUGGUGGCAAAGGGCUAUCACUUCUUCUUUCUCAACAUUUGGCGUGUCUGCGUGGCCCCAACGCACCCGCUUGCCGCCACACUUUACACUUCAAGACUGCCGAUCGCUCGGAAUUAUUCCGUGCCGUAUCUUGAUCUCUAUGCGAUGGAGAAGGUCAAUGAGACCGAGUGGAGGUUGGAGAAGUACGGAGAUAAGACGCUACCAGUCGAGAAAGUGAAGCCAUUCUCCCAAGUGACAAUCAAUGGACUGCCGUUUGACACUGUGCGCGACCCGCACUAUUUCUUAAAGGAAACGUACGGUGACGACUACAUGGUCCCAAAACCACGGAAGUGA